AUGUUCAUUCUUCGUUUCAUUCUUCUAAUUUUUACUUCAUUCUUUCUUUUUUUUCUUUCUUUCUUUCUUUCUUUCAUUUUUCCUACUUUUCAUUUUUUAUUCUUUCUUUUAUUUCUUGCACUUCAUUUUUUUAAAAUUUCUUCUUCUUCUUCUUCUUCUUCUUCUUCUUCUUCUUCUUCUUCUUCUUCUCAUUAUUAUUAUAAAAUUCUUUUUCCCUAUUCCUUUUCUCUCGAAAUUGUCCACUUUCAUUCUUUCCUUCACCAACUGCCCCACAUUAAGCCUUUCUUUCUUUCUUUCUUUCUUUCUUUCUUUCUUUCUUUCUUUCUUUCGUUUCAUAUUCCUCAUCCUCUCAUUCUUCCUUCUUUUCCUUUUCUUCUUCUUUUUAAUCGUCCUUUACUCCUUUUCGUGUUUUGUUUUCUUUCUAUUUUUAUUCGCAUCUUGCGUUUUUACCUCUUCUCCUCUCCAUCGCUUUUCUUGUUCCCCUUUCUUCAUCAUUCCCUCCAUCAUCCCACUCACUCCAUAAUUUUCCUUUUACUCCUCCUACCCAACGUCAUCGCCCUUCUUGCUCUUUUUAUUCUGCAUCAGUUCCUGCACUUCAUCCUCUUUCUACAUCUCACAGGUUCCUAUCUUCGUAUCUUCUUCUUCUUCUUCUUCUUCUUCUUCUUCUUCUUCUUCUCUGGCUUCCUUUCCUCCCAUUACUUAUUCUCCUCCAGCUCUUCCUCCAUUUACCUCUCCUUGAUCCUUGUUUCCCGUGGCCUCCACUCUAUCUAUCUAUCUAUCUAUCUAUCUAUCUAUCUAUCUAUCUCAGCCUGUUUCCUAAUGUCUGUCUGCCUAUCUAUUUAUCUAUCUAUUUUAUCUCUGUCUAUCCCAGUCUAUUCACAUCUAUCUAUCUAUCUAUCUAUCUAUCUAUCUAUCUAUCUAUCUAUCUAUCUAUCUAUCUCAGUCUGUUUCCUAAUAUCUAUCUAUCUAUCUAUCUAUCUAUCUAUCUAUCUAUCUAUCUAUCUCAGCCUGUUUCCUAAUGUCUGUCUGUCUAUCUAUCUAUUUAUCUAUCUAAUUUAUCUCUGUCUAUCCCAGUCUAUUCACAUCUAUCUAUCUAUCUAUCUAUCUAUCUAUCUAUCUAUCUAUCUCAGUCUGUUUCCUAAUGUUUAUCUGUCUGUCUAUCUAUUUAUCUAUCUAUUUUCUCUCUAUCUAUCCCAGUCUGUUCAUAUCUAUCUAUCUAUCUAUCUAUCUAUCUAA